CCGUAAACAUUAAUAAUGCACGUAGCCAUAGAGUUUUUAACGAGACGCGCCCGGAAACGAGUUUUUACUCGUUACAUUGCCUAUCGUUCAUUGAAUGCUGUGGACACCAUUUGCUUACAAAACAGGUUGGAGAACGGCGUGAACGCACAGGAGCCCCCGGAAUGCAUGCACCCGUUGCCGGCGCAUCGGCCGAUCGAGCUGACUUUUACCAACCUGGCGGUGAAAUUGGACGACAAGCGACACGUGCUGAAAAACAUUAGCGGAGUCGUGAAACCCGGACAGGUGUUGGCCGUAAUGGGGCCUUCGGGUUGCGGAAAAACCACGCUGCUGAACUGCUUGUCGGGCCGCAUCAAGUUGGACUCGGGAUGCAUACACCUGAAUCGCGAACGUCUGAACAAGAGGUGCAAGCGGCGCAUAUGCUACGUGUUGCAGCAGGACAUAUUCUUUCCAGACCUGACCUUAAGGCGAACGCUCGAAUACGCCGCUCUGCUUAGACUUCCGGAUUCAUUAUCUCACAGCCAGAAAAUGCAGUACGUCGACCAUAUCAUAGAUGUACUCGAUUUAAACAAUUGCCAAGACACGAUUAUCGGUGAUUAUAUGAAGCGUGGAUUGUCUGGGGGCGAAAAGAAACGAGCGAACAUCGCCUGUGAACUUUUAACCAACCCUGCCCUGAUGCUUUUGGAUGAACCCACGACUGGAUUAGAUUCGCAUUCGGCUUAUAAAUUGAUGUUAUCGCUAAAGAAAUAUGCGGAGAAUGAAGGAAAAACAAUCGUAGUCACUGUUCACCAACCGUCGUCGCAAAUAUUUCACAUGUUCGACAAACUACUUUUAAUCUGUAACGGACAAACCGCGUACUUUGGUGACAUCAAUAAAGUAGUGAAUUUCUUCAGUAAUAUCGGAAUGAUGAUAGCACCACACUACAAUCCAGCAGAUUUUAUUUUGGAACAAGUAAAAGGUACUGAAGAAAUGAAACAGAAUAUAAUUGCUGCUGCCAAACGAGCCCAGGAUGAUUAUUAUCAACAAGAAUUGUUACAUUUAACGUGUACAUGCGACAAAUAUCUGAAUAAUUAUCGCCACAAUCAUAGCAAAGAUAAAUACAAUAGUCAAUGGCCCAUCAACGCUACCAACGGUCAUAUCUGCACAGCAUUCAGUGAUUCGUCUACAGACAGCAAUGAAAAAUGUUACACUGCCAUUAGAGUUAACGAAGACGAGGCGAGAACCUUAUGGCUGGACAGUCAGAGCCAUUCUUCGACGUCUACAUCAGACGAAGAUUUUACUUGGCAAUGGCCUACCAGUUUCUGGACCCAAUUCAAAGUGUUGAUCCAGAGAAACUUCCAUGAAGCACGUCCUCAAAUGUUGAGCACUCUGAAUUGGGUGCAGACCGUUGCGCUCGGCUUGUUGGCCGGUCUCCUUUGGUUUCAGCUUCCGCGUACAGAACAAUCUUUGCACAACAUCCAGGGAUGGAUGUUCUUUUCCACUACUUAUUGGAUGCUUUUCGCUCAUUUCGGUACACUGUCGUCUUUCCCUCCAGAAAGAGAAGUGAUCAAUAAGGAACGUCAGAGCGGGGCGUAUCGUUUGAGCGCCUACUAUUUGGCCAAGAUGGUGGGCGAGUUGCCGUUAACCAUUACCUUGCCGGUCGUCUAUCACGUGAUCUCUUAUCCGAUGCUCGGCAUGCACAGUUUCAGCACGUUCUUCACCCUGCUAAUGUUUCUGCUACUGAACACCAUCGUUGCCCAGAGCGUCGGAUUCUUCGUGGGAGCAUUGUGCAUGGACAUGCAAGUGUCGAUCACCAUCAGCGCCCUGUACACGCUGGCCACGCAACUUUUCGGCGGCUACUUGGCGACCAAUAUUCCUAGCUGGUUGCAGUGGAUGCAAUACCUGAGUAUGGUGCACUACGCGUACCAGAACAUGCAAAUCGUCGAAUUCGGCGACGGAGAACCAAUCAAAUGUGCGGAACAGUCCAAGUACGCGGUGUGUCAGAACUCAACUGUUAUCCCGGCAUCGGACAUCGUCAAUGCACAAGGUGCAUCGUUCCCAUUGUGGCUGAACACAAUGAUUUUGUUCGGCUUCCUUAUCGUGUUCAGAGUGUUAGGUUAUCUAGUGUUGCGUUUCAUCCGAAAACCAAAGUAAACGCCUGAAACCGUUGAUGGCUGUGAGCGGUUAACGUUUUUAAUUAUUAAUCGUUUUGUAAAACAUAAAUAUGGCUGUGUCAAUUUAGACAUUAUAAUAUUUUUUAUCUCGUUAUAAAUAUUAAACUUAGAGACUCGUUUUUCAACUCAAUAAUACCCCCGAACUCAUUUCCUAACGCUAAAAAUUUGGUGCUUGUGCCUAUUUUGAUCGGAUUUCGGGAAAAGCGGUGUGAGAUGUGUGUUAAACAUAUACUAUGUCGUCGCACUGUUUUGAUUUUUUACUACAUCGUAAUAAUGUUUUUAAAUGUUGCAUAAAAAUUAUUUUAAGACUUUAAUUACCUAUUUUUUUAAUUUUUAAAAAUCAUUGUAUAAUUAUUGUUUUAUUGAGUCGAACGUACAGAAUUUUCUUGUCGCAAAUACCUCGGAUGAAAUUUUGUUAUAUAUAUACAUACUGUUCGCACAGAUUUUCGUUACUACUUAGAUAAUCACAUUUUUAAUUU